CGUGUGCAGGGGUUGCGCCAGCCGUGUGAUUGACAAACGUUUUGAAGAUUUGCUAUAGCGGCGCAGUUUGGUGGGAGAGAGAUGGCUUUGGUGGGGGAGCUACGAAGUGGAGCGGAGGAAUGGAUAAUCAUACUCGAGAGGUCCUGCACUCUACUGCAGGAGAUUGUGGGGGUGUUGUCAUUGCAGUGGCAGGAGAAGCUGGAGGUCGAUUGGGGGGCGAUCUCUAUGGCUGAAUGGUUGGGAGAUCUAACGCAGGAGACACUGGAUAUCAUCUGGGAGCUGGAGGAGGGGCCGGAUCCCCAGCUCGAAGCCUAUAUCGAUUGGGGGAGGGCAGAUGAUGUGAUGGGUAUCUGCAAUGCCCUCUUCGCAAAGAGCCGUGACCUGCACUUUCUACUGGAGGAGGACUGGCAAGAGAUGGUAGUAGAUGCGAAGCUGACUAAGACGAAGGGCGCGAACGACAUGGAUGAUGCGCAGGUGGACACGAAGAUAGCAGCGACAACACCAACAGCAACAACGACAACAAUUUCAGCAACAUCGGCGGCGGUGAUCACAUCGACAUCAGAGGUGUAGCUCCCCACCAAUAGAUGGUGUUACAUACUCGUGAAACACAGUCAUAAGUAUGGCGCAGAUUCCCAGAACCGACCAGAUAAUACAGAGUAAAUACAAGCGCAGCGG